AUGCGUUGCGGGCACUUCUUAUCCGUGGGGCUGGCUGCCAUCGCCAAUGUCUUUGUGCCGGGCGUCGCUGCGCAGAGUGCGCCGAAAGGUCCUUGCCAACUGCUCGCAGAGUACCAGAGUAGUGUCAUUGAUCAAAUUCAAUCGCCCUACCCGGGCGAUAGACAGUUUAUCAGGCUGGACGCCGAGAUGGCAUAUAAUUGCAGCAUCUCUGUACAGCUUGUACCAGAUGAUGCGUUGAAGACAAUCAAUUAUCUAAAGAACUACUCCGACUUCGACACCACGCUGUCUUUCCUUAAAAAGCCGCCGCCAUCGUAUCAAAAGCCCGCCAUAGACAUUAUGGGCCGGCUUGAGCAAGUUGCCGAUAACGUCAGGAAUGGAAAAUACACUAGUUACAGAGAAUUUGAGAUCGACAUAUGGGCUAUAACAUCAGAGUCAAGCGAGGAACAUUUCGAUAUUGACCUGGGGCUCCUCGCAAGAUUCUCCUGGUUUCUCAACGAUACCAUUGUUUCCCUCUCGAGAGAUGGCAAAGAGUUGCCUCAAAUCUAUGCACGCUCCGACAUUGAGAGCCUGAUCUCAAACCCUUCGCCAAUUAUUGAGCUCGGUGGGGAACCUGUCUUUGAAUAUCUCCGCAGCUACAUCGAACUGUAUACCAAGAGUUCUUGGAUUGAACCCCACGCUGACUGGAAUGCGAUGGUCUACAACGGCCCAUAUGCUUUUGGCUCUUUCGGCUUUGAUGCCGAACAGUCAUGGGCCUUUGGAAAUUUCCAACAGACACAUAUAUACAAUGGGAAGUCUCUCCAGGUGGGAUUCGCGAACGGGAGCACUGUCGAAUGGUUAUACAGCGCCGGGUCAUCAUACCAUAUGCUUGACAACAACAUGACGAGCCCUGAAAAUAUAUACUACGGAAUAAUUGCAAAUCCGAGAAUCUCUUCGGGAAUCAACACAAGAUCUGACGAACUAAUCGACCGCGAUAGAUUGGAGCCGGUAGCUCUUGGUGAACGCCAACAGCAAAACAGUCCCCAAGUUAAACCUCUCCCUUGGGUGCCAUUGUUUAACUACCCCCGGAAUCCCGACAUCCUCGAGGAGUACUUUGGGAUGGGGGGUGUUGUUUCGGGCUACAUUCUUCAGGACGAUUCUAUUGGUGUUCUCAGCUUGCCCAGUUAUAAUCCCGGCGGCGAUCCCUCAAGGACUCGUGCCUCGAACUAUACAGAUGCCGUUUUUCAAUUUAUCAUCCAAGCGAAGCAAAGCAGGGUGAAGAAGAUCGUCAUAGAUCUCUCAGGAAACGGAGGCGGCCAGGUCUUUCUUGGCUAUACCAUCUUCAAGCUCUUCUUCCCAUCUAUCGAGCCCUCCCUGCUUGGACGGGUUCGAGCCACCCCUUACACCAACACCAUUGGGUCAAUUAUGACUGGAGUCCUGCAAAAUGGGACUGACAUUUUUCCAAGGGACGAGUUAGAGAAGUAUCGCGAACGCUAUGGUGGAAGCAUAGGCCUCUCCGCCUAUGACAUUCUGGACGCAGAGGGCGGUGAUUUUGAGUCAUGGAGUGCCUUCUUCGGGCCCCAGGAGAACAACGACGACAGUUUCACCAACGGAGCUCGGUAUAACAUGUCGGGCCCCACGGUUGAGUCCUACAUGAAUCUCGCGAUGGCGGAUAUCAUACCCUUGCCCCAAUCCGAACUGUGGGCCGCUGAAGACAUCAUUCUUCUCCACGACGGUCUCUGCGGCAGCACAUGUGCCAUCUUCUCGGAGCUCAUGAAAACAGAUGCAGGCGUCAGGUCCGUCGCCGUUGGUGGCAUCCCUCAGUAUGGACCCAUGCAGGGUGUUUCCGGCACCAGGGGGAGUACUGUGUGGAAGUUCCAGGACUACAGCAACUAUAUUGGCGAUGUCAAAAAGGUAGUGGAGAGGCUUGGAAACCAGGCGGAAGCCUGGUUGAGCAGAUGGGGUGUCUCGCUGGACGACAUCCAAGCCCUGCCACUCCCAACCUGGAGAUCGCCUCUCCUCAUCGACAGCGGCCGCGUCAAUUCCAUUGACAUGAUCCGUGUCUCUAGCCCGGACGCGCCCCUUCAAUUCACGUACCAAGCCUCCGACUGCCGCCUGUUCCAUACUUUCGACACAGCCCAUGACAUCAGAGUGUUGUGGCGCACCGCAGCCAGGGUGGCCAGUGGUGACAUGUCGGUGUGUGUCCCUGGCUCUACCAACGCUCCCGGCUCCAGCCGCAACGUCACUCUGUUGAGCGACCCGGGCUAUUCCUACAACUCAACGUGGGAGCGAGCCAACUCGACAGAUGUGCCCAAGAACAAGGGGCCCAAUGGAAACGGCUCAGGUGCUCCUCAGUUGUCCGUCGGACUCGGUGGCCUCUUGGCUGUUGCUCUCGCUUUUGUCCUUGCCUUUUGA